AGCAUCACCAUCGUUUUGCCCCAGCACGACCAGCAACCGAGCUCGAGCGGGCACCAACACCGAGACACACCGGCGAGAGGCCACCCCAAUGCGCGUCUAAUUCUCUCUGUUGUGUAGACCGACGACCACGAACUCGUUUCCCUUCUUCUUCUUCUUCGUCGCGCGCGAAAUUGCAGAGCCUUCGACUGGCCUCUAAAGACUCGUCCGGGAGGAAAGUAAAAACGGACACGACGGACGCGCGCGAGCGACAGCGGACCAAAAAAAAACGAGAGUUUUAUAUUCUGCGCGCGCGCGCGUUUUUCUUCCAUCAUACAUACAGUCCCUGGGCCAGCGAGCGAGCCGAUCAGACCAUACCACACCACACCAUGUCCUUCUUCCGCAUCACGCUGCACCGCUCGGCCAUCGGCCUGCCGGAGCGCACGCGCGGGGUCCUCGCGGCGCUGGGCCUGCGGCGGCGCGCGCAGACGGUGUUCCACCCCGUGGAGCCGCAGUUCGCGGGCAUGAUCCUCAAGGUCAAGGAGCUGGUGCGCGUGCAGGAGGUGGAGCGGCCGCUGUCGCGCGCCGAGGUCAAGGCGGCGAGGACGCCCGACGCGGGCUUCUACGUGGAGAAGGCGGUGCCGAGGGUGUGAUGUGAUGUGAUGUCAUUGCGAAGGGCUGAAAGGGAAGACGAGGGGAGGAUAGUGGACCGACUACUACUCUACGUACGACUAACCCCUGAGGAGGACAGAUGGACGCAAAGGAGCUGAGGAAGGAGAGUGGAAUCGUGGUUCGUUGUGCGGGAGUGGGUGCACUGUUCGAAUACCCGAAGGGCCCAAAGGGGAGCUCCGCGGGAGGGGGGAAGCAGCGGAUGGUGAGACUAUACUGUACCAUAUUUGCAAACGACUACAUUGCCAGACGACCGACUCGUCGUCUAGGCACGGGACACAUCUAGACGGCAAAGACGUCGCAAGCCUUUUUUUUUUCACAUAGCAUCAACCAGACAUGUCAUCGCAAACG